CUACCACACCAGGCAGCAGACACUCCCAGCAAACCCAUGGGACUACAGUCCUGCUUCCAGGACCUCUAGGGUUGACCCUGAUGCAACAUAGCUCACGGAUAGAUUUUCGUAUAGUAGUCUCGAGACGCAUUGAGUUAGCUCAGGGAAGGGACUGAAAGUUGUACGUUCAUGCGAGCACCCAGCGUCGUUCAGAGGACGCUGAAACCGCUUCCAGUCCCUAGUAUUCUGAUUUUCUCGUGCACUUAAUUAAGUUAUUUCCUCUCAGCAUAGGAACCACCCUCCCUCGCUUUGCUCCUCUCUGUGCUUAAAUGUCGUAGAUAUCGGACUAGCCUUCCCGUGGCUUUGGCCGGCUUAUCCUGGCGAGCGGAAAUGGCGUCGAGGCGGCUUUCGUGCUUACUUGCCAUUCUUGUCGUCACCAGCGUCACUAAAACAUCGUCGCAGCAGAUCCCCCCGUCGUGCACCUCCCUCGCCACCGUCUUCGUUGCCAGCACUGGCAGAGACACCGGCUGCUGCGACUCCGAGACCGCUCCCUGUGCCACGCUGCAAGCAGCGGUCGCCAGGGCUGCGCCAUCCGCAACCAUCACCCUCCUCCCGCCCCCCGCCGGCUCUCCCCAAUCCGCUAUCAGAUCUUCGCCGACCAAAUCCGCCGUGCAGCUGGGCGGCAGAUCUCUCACCAUCACCGGCGCGCCGCCCGCCUCCGCCCCAGCUUCCCCCACAGCAAUCACACUGGAUUGCAGCGGCGGUCCGUGCCUGAACGCCACGUGUGCUGGUGCGGGGUGCGGUGCGGGGACUAAGGUGGUGCUGACGCUGGCACUGUUCACGCUGACCAAUGGCGUGUCGGACGACUCGGGAGGUUGCGUGGAUGUCCGGGGGCAGGGCCUUGUCGUCAACAACAUGGCUUUCACCCGCUGCACUGCAACCAACCUAGGGGGAGGCAUCUCAGUGCAGGGGGCAGGCGCGUCUCUCGCCCUCUCGUCCUCCUCCUUCGCUGCCUGCUCCGCCCCUGGCUCCGACCUCACCUACAUGUACAACUCGGGGGGCGGCGCCCUCAGCGUUACUGGUCCUGCCACACCUGCCACCGCGGGCGGUUCUGGUGCAGGUGCUUCUGGUGCGGGUGCAGCUGCUGCAGGGGGAGGGCUGGUGCAGGCGCAGCUGACGGGUGUGACUGUAACGAGGUGCAGCUCGGAGAAUGGGGCGGGAGGGGGGCUGCUGUUUAAGGGGGCGAAGGUGGAGGUGAAUGGAGGGACGCUGUCGGGGUGCCGGGCGUUGUUUGGCGCGGCGAUUGGGUCGAUGUACUCGGAUGUGGCCAUGGAAGGGGUGACGGUUGUCGAUGGCCUGGGCGUGAUUGGUGGGGCAAUAGCGGACGAGGGCUCCUCCUCCUUCUCCCUCUCCUCCUCCUCGCUCUCUGCCUCCUCCUCCAAUGGCACGCUGCCAGCUGGCGUGUACACGUCCGGCUUCGGCUUUGGGGGGUGUCUGGCGCUCAAUGCCACCCAGACGGUGACAGUCACAUCCGUUAGUGCCACCAAGUGUGUGACGGACUACGAGGGCGGAGCUGCGUGGGUGUUCACGGUGGCUCAGGCGACUCUCACCAACUGCACCCUCGCUGACAGUUACGCCACCUUCCUAGGAGGCGGCCUAUCCGUGACGGGCGGCAUUCUCCUAAUCUCUAACAGCACCAUCGCCCGCAACGUCAUGGACUACACCCUUACCUCCUCGCCUGGGGGCGCCGGCCUAUCACUGGCUGCCACGUCAGCGCGCGUGGAGGGAACAGUGAUUGCGGAUAACAUUGGGAUUACUGCUGGGGACGCGGCGUACAUUGAUGGGUACGGUGGCGGGGUGUAUAUCGGGCAGGAUGGCGACCCGGUGGUAACCACACAGGAGUUUGACUCGUGCACCUUCUCCGGCAACCAGGCCAAGGGAGGGGCGGGGUUCUACCAGUCCGGUGGCGGACUGGCUAUCUUCACCAACACGGUGUUCCGCGACAACGGGGGCACUGGCGAGCUGGGGGGCGCGAUGCUGGCGCUGACGUCAGCGGAGGUGCGCAACUGCACGUUUGAGCGCAACAGUGCGUCGGGGUCGGGAGGAGCCAUCUACAGCGAAGGGACGGGGUACCUGCUCAUUGUGGACUCCACGUUCACCCAGAACUCCGUUCAGCUCAAGGACGGGGGCGCUAUCUACAUCAUUGCAGCGGACAGCAACGUGACAGUGCAGGGCAGCACGUUCACGGGCAACAGGGCCAACACCUCGCGGGGGGCUGCCAUCUUCAGCGGGGGCUCGCUGCUGGAAGUGAAGGACACCGUGUUUGAGGAUAACUGGUCGUACCUCAAGGGCGGCGCCGUCACAGUGGAGGGAUCCCGAGGCACAGAGGCUACCACCCUGGCGCGCUUCUCAAACGCCACCUUCACCAGAAACACCUCCCCGGUGGGCGGAGGGGCCCUCCUCUGCAGCCUCAACUGCACGGCGUCCCUCACCAACUGCACCCUCGCCGACAACAACAGCACGGCAGCUGGCGCCCUGCUCGCCCAGGAAACCUCGACCCUCACCCUCACAUCGUCCACCUGCCAGGGUAACACCGCGGACGCGGCUGGCGGGUGCCUGCUAGUGACUGAUUUUGCGACGAUCACUGCACAGCGAAGCACGUUUAGGGGGAAUAAGGCGGGCAGUGGUGGCGGGGUGGGGAAGGUGUCUGGGUCUGGAAGGCUGGUGAUGACCCGGUGCCAGGUGGAGGCCAAUGAGAGCCCGACAGGUGGCGCGCUGUGGGUGGAGAUGGAGGGGGCGGUGGAAGACACUGGGAGCGGUUUUUUUGGCAACAGCGCGAGUUUUGAAGGAGGGGCGGUUUUUGCGACGCACAGCGCGUCUGUGAAGCUGCUUUCCUCGGAUUUCGAGUCGAAUUCGGCGCUGAGAGGUGGUGCUAUGUUGUUGGACACAGACGCUAAGCUCACCUCUGCCUCCUCCUCCUUUAUCAACAACUCUGCCUCGGCUCUCCUUAUGAGGGGCAGCACGCAGGCCACGCUUACUCAGGCGCGUUUUGCACGUAAUUCUGCCCCUGAAGGCACCGGAGGGGCUGUUUGGGCAGCUGCCGAAACUUCUCUGACCGUCCGAUCGUCCAAUCUGACGGGCAACACUGCUGUCACGGGCGGCGGAAUCUUUUCGGAAGGGUCUACCCUGGUGACCCUCGACGCGUCCCGAUUCGAGGGCAACAACGCGGUUACCGGCGCGGCGCUGGCUGUGGCGGGCAGCUCGAAACUUUCCGGCGGUAACCUGACGUUUGUGGGGAACAGUGCAAGUGCUGCAGGAGGGGGUGUGGCGUUUUUGGACCAAUCAAACGGGGUGUUGAAGGGGGCGUGGAUGACUGGAAAUAGGGCAGUGGUGGGGGGUGCUGGGGUGUAUGUAAAGCGAGCAGAAAUGCUGGGAAUAUCUUCUUCUGGGGCUGGCGCUGCUGGCAACGCUGGCAAUACUACCAGUGCUACCAAUACCACUGCUGGUGCUGGACCAUCAUCUAACACUUCCACAGCUGCAACUGCAACUGCUGCUGCUGAGAAUGCUGCGAGUGGCACAACCAGCACCGCCAGCAGCAGCAUGGGGGUGUCGAAGGCUGACCUUGCGCCGCUGGUGUGCGGCAACCUGGCGUUCAGUGAGAACCAGGCCAUGUACCAGCAGGGCGUGGCCUUCUACGAGGCGUCAUUCGACCCCGCGGUGCGCAUCGGGUGCGAGGAGUGUGUGCAGGAACAGCCCAGCCAGACCAUCGGCAGCAUUCCCAAGAACUUCUACUUCACUUUCGCCGGCAUGGAGCAGGGCGCCAACAAUCUCUCCACAGUGCCAUCCUUCGUGGCGCUCACAGCUGUUGGAACCCCGAUCGCGGGGCUCACUGUGGUCAUUGUGGAUGACUACGACAACACUGUCGUUCAGGACAACUCGUCACUGGUGGCCAUAUCUCCCAACAGGCUCAUCUCCGGGUCUCUGCGCGCCACAGCGGUGGAGGGGCAGGCAGAGAUGCCGGAAGUGGCCGUCAUGGUCACUCCAGACGAGGCCACGCCCUUCCGCCUCGCGGUCACCGUCUCCAGCCCCACUAAUGAGUUCCCCGAUAUAGUGCACGCGUUCACUGUAGACUUCUGCGCCGCCGGAACCUUCCUUAAUGUUUCGGAUUCCGGGAAUGGCGUGGCGGGGACGUGCGAGCCCUGCCCUGUUGGUAGCUGGUGCGAGGCGGGGCAGCCGUCGAACCCCUGUGACGAUGGCAGCUUUACGUUCUAUCCGUAUGCUACAACCCCGGACGAGUGCGUGGCGUGUGGUGAUGACAACCUGGAUUGCACAGGUGGCGUACUGACGAUCGGUGUUCAGGCGUGGCUGGACCCCCGCACGUACAACGAUACGCCCACCACGUACAGCUGUAUUAUCACCAAUGGGUGUAUGGAGCACCAGUACGAGUACAACCUCACCAGCAACACCGGCGACGUGGCGAUCUGCCCCCCGGAAUACAACCCCUCCUCCCCCAUGUGCUGCCUGUGCGCCGACAACUACUACUCCUUCCUGGGAGACUGUAACUCGUGCGGCGAUAUCUUCAAGAAGCUGUUCCCACUGCUCUUUAUUCUGAUGGUGGGAGUGUGGGUGGCCAUGUUCCUCCUCGCCAACAACUACGAUAACAUCGACAUCUUCCUCACUGAGGUGCAAUACCUCACGGUGGUCGCCUCGUUGAACCUGAACGCGCCAGCAGCACCCACCGGAUGGGUGGGGUGGCUCAUCAAGAUCUACAACCUCUCCGUCUUUGACCCGGACGUGGUUGGCCCCAACUGUGUGAUGACCUACCGCUUCCCGCAACAAUUCGUUUUUGGCAUCCUCAUCUUCGUGGUUGGCUUGGCCGUGUACGCCCUCCACUGGUGCUUCUUCCUGCUGCGCGAGCACAUCAAGCUCAUCAAGGCGAAGCGGGCGGCAGAGAGAGGCGAGGACAGCGGUGUGGGGGAGCUCAGCAGCACAGCGGCGAAGCAGCAGCGGCAGGAGUACUACAACGGGCUGGUGGGGGGCGUGGCGAGCUGGCUGGACGUUUGUUAUAUGGGUAUUCUGGCGCGCGUGCUGCCCGUGUUCCAGACUCAAAUGCUCGGUGACACGCAGGUGAUGCUGUUCGCGCCUGAGAUCGAGUGGCUGUCCCCCACGCACGUGGGCAUGCUCAUCCCCUCGAUCAUAAUCCUCAUUGUGUAUCUCGCCGGAGUGCCGCUGCUGUACGCGUGGCUGCUCUUCUCGGCCAAGUGGAAUCGCACACUCUUCACGCCAGAGUUUGACGACAAAUACGCCUUCCUCACUGAGCGAUUCGCACGCAAGUUCUACUGGUGGCACCUGCUCAACAUGUCUCUGCGGGUCAUCUACGGCUGCAUCCUCGUGUUCCUCUACGAGAACCCCGAGGCGCAGAUCAUCAUCAUCGUGGUCUUGCAGAUCCUCCGCAUCGUCGUCGAGUACCGCUUCGCUCCUUUCACCUCGUCGUCUGUCGAGUAUCUGCAAGCAACUCUGAACCUCGGCGAAGUUUUUUUCACGCUGAGUCUCCUUAUCUUCAACUACACGUCGGAGGCGAUCCUCUCAGAGGUGAUCAUGGGCAUCAGCACGCUGCUCAUGCUGCUCCCCGCGCUCGUGGCGAUCAGCUACGAGGUGUCAAGCAAGCGCAUGGAGGCGUUUAACAACGGUGUGCUGGACGACAUCUGGGAGAAGGAGAGCUGGAAGAGGGAGGACCAGCUCAGGGGGCUCGACCCGUACCAGAUCGUGCAACUCAGCCAGAUCGGAGGGUGGUUCCGCCCUCAAGCCCUCUUCCACUUCCUGCACCACCGCAAGGGCAUCGACCUGCUGCUUAAGGUGCGCGAUCGCGUGCAGGCGUGCUCCCUGGCCGGGCUCGGUGAGGUCGAGUGGAUUGAGCAGCUCAAGAAACCCCAGCAGUAUGCCGGCCUCUCGCAGAUCCUCCUCGGAAACAAGAAGGGUUACAUUCCCGUCGCGCGGUUACCACCGCAGGGCGUGUACUGCAUGUUACACGGGGUGUGGCACCCGGAUGGGCUGUGCACUGCUGCCCAGGCUGCGGCGGCGGCCCGGCGCCGAACCACCCCCAGAAGCAAGUCCCGAAGCAGCCGGGCUUCAUUCUCGGGGGCAUCGUUCGGGGGGGGAGCAGGAGAGGGAGGGGCGGAGACACCUGGGGGAGGGCUGCGAAGGAUGGUGAGCUGGGGGGCGAACACCGCUGGUGGUAGCAGUAUGAGGGAGAGAGAGAAGCCCGUGAAGAGCCUGAAGAUCGCUGAGAAGAGCUGGCCGCCGCAGCUCGGGAGGAAGGUCCACUGGUGUGCUGCCUCCGGUUUCGACCCUCUUGCUGCGACAAGGAGGUUCGGGAGCGGGAGGCUCGGGACCCCUGGUGGGGUGACUGGUACCCCGACAGCGGGAGGAGGAGGCGGAUGGGGAGGAGGAGAGGGAGGAGCUGGGACUCCCUUGGGUGGAGGUCGAGAGGAGGCUAAGUCCCCGUACCCUGUUGCUCCUGAAACGCCCACUACUCCCAGCACUAUUGCCACUGAGUCUCCUGCUGCUGCUGCAGCUGCUGCUGCUGAUGAAGCCAAGCCGAAGAAACGGCUGCUGAGGCAGAUGUCUGAUAGGGACGACAGCGACACAGAGGGCACAGGCGAAGGCGCAGGAGCAGGAGCAGGAGGAGCAGCAGGAGGAGGGGGGGGAAGCAGGCCGGGAACAGCAGGAGAAGGGAUCAUGAGGGGAGCAAUAGGCCGGCCGGGCAGCGCCGGGGGAGGGGCAAUAGGAGGGGGGGGAGGGAUGGAGAUGGUGCAGGCGAAUUUGGAUAUGGCGGAGCUGACGUUUGCCUUCCAAUCGAAUCUGGCGCUGCUGGUGAAGUCGGAGAAGAAGCGCAAGGUGCAGAAGGAGGCGCUGAGGACGAUUGUCCACUCCAAGGCCACGUACCACAUCCUCAGCUGGUUCACGAGUGAGGAGAGCACUGUGGACGACCAGCGGCUGUUUGCAGAGCUGGUGAAGGCGGUGCGGCAGGCGACCAAGACUCGCAAGCGCACCAUGCGCUGGCUGCAGGGCGCGCAGUGCUUCUACCCCGGGGAAGGGCGCCUCACCAACCGGCUGUCCAAGAUGCUGAGUGAGGAGCACCCACUUGACAACGAUCAAACCAACGGAGCGCAUGGGGAGCCAUAAACGCUCCAUAUUGUCCGUACUCGAAGCUUCUGGUCUAAUUCAUUUGCACUGGGUACUGUAUACAGGAUCUGGAUUGGAGAAACAUGCGUGGUUGGAGGCAGAGGCUUGUCAUGUCAUAUCUGCUUUACUACAUGUACCAUGCUUUUGUUUCAAUGAGGUGGAAUGGCUGGGAGGUACUCUAGUGGCCGACUGUUGGAGUCGUUGCUCUGAUUUGCUUGAUGCGUGCUUCAUCCAUUUCUUUAUUCGGGAAUAAUGGUGCAUGGUUAUCCAUUAUUACAGCUGCUUUUGUAGAAGAAAAUGGCUUGGUUAUUGUAUUCAGGAUGAAUGCCUCAACGCGU